AUGCAUACGGCGUAUUUUGGUGUAGUAGUGAAUCCUGUCAUUGCUGAGUGGUUGAGUAUACCCCAGAGAAGUUUUGGGAUUGAUUAUGACUGUGACUGCUUUGUCAAGGAUGGGAGACCUUUCCGUUACAUCUCGGGUAGCAUGCACUACUCACGCGUGCCCCGGUAUUACUGGAGAGACCGCUUGUUGAAGAUGAAGAUGGCGGGACUUGAUGCUGUUCAAACGUAUGUGCCAUGGAACUACCACGAACCCCAGAUGGAUGUUUAUGAUUUUUCUGGUGACAAAGAUCUAGAGUAUUUCUUGCAUCUUGCUAAUGACACUGGUUUGCUGGUUAUCCUGAGAGCUGGACCUUACAUCUGUGCAGAAUGGGACAUGGGAGGUCUUCCUGCAUGGCUGUUGGAGAAGAAAUCUAUUGUUCUCAGGUCUUCUGAUUCAGAUUACCUGGCAGCAGUGGAGAAAUGGAUGGGUGUCCUUUUGCCAAAGAUGAGGCCUCACCUCUAUCAAAAUGGAGGUCCAAUCAUCAUGGUGCAGGUAGAGAAUGAGUAUGGAAGCUACUUCGCUUGCGACUACGACUAUCUGCGUUUCCUUCUGAAGCUCUUUCGCCAGCAUCUUGGGGAUGAGGUAGUGCUGUUCACAACUGAUGGCGCAAGUCAGUUUCACCUGAGAUGUGGAGCUCUUCAGGGUCUUUACGCAACAGUGGACUUUGCCCCAGGUGGCAAUGUCACAGCAGCAUUCUUAGCUCAAAGGGGCAGUGAACCGAUGGGCCCUUUGGUUAAUUCUGAGUUUUAUACUGGAUGGUUGGAUCACUGGGGGCACCGUCAUUCUGUUGUGUCCACACAAACCAUAGCUAAAACUCUUAAUGAAAUCCUGGCACAUGGUGCUAACGUUAACCUGUACAUGUUUAUAGGUGGGACUAACUUUGCCUAUUGGAAUGGCGCUAAUAUGCCCUAUAUGCCACAGCCCACUAGUUAUGACUAUGAUGCUCCACUGAGUGAAGCAGGGGAUCUGACAGAAAAAUAUUUUGCCUUGAGGGAAGUCAUUGGUAUGUACAAGCAGUUACCAGAAGGUCUUAUCCCUCCGACAACACCCAAAUUUGCAUACGGGAAGGUUCGUUUGCAGAAGGUGGGCACUCUGCUGGAGGUUCUUGACAGGCUGUCACCUGCGGGACCGGUGAAAAGCACUUACCCAUUAACCUUUGUUCAGCUAAAGCAGUAUUUUGGGUUUGUACUGUACAGAACUAUGCUUCCAAAAAACUGUACGGAGCCAACACAACUGUCUUCACCUUUAAAUGGAGUCCAUGAUCGUGCCUAUGUCUCUGUCGAUGGGGUUCCCCAAGGUGUCCUUGAAAGGGAUAAAUCACUUAUGAUAAAUAUAACUGGGAAGGCUGGAGCAAAUCUGGACAUCUUGGUAGAGAAUAUGGGCCGAGUCAACUUUGGUAGAUACAAUAAUGACUUUAAGGGUCUAGUUUCGAAUUUAACUCUUGAUCAAGAUACACUCAUUGAAUGGGAAAUCUAUCCUCUAGACGUAGAUGGAGCAGUGAACCAUGACAUUAAUGGACACCUUGACGAACCAGAGAGAUCUGUUGGCAGUCCUCUAAGUUAUGAAGCACCUACUUUUUACACUGGUAGACUUUCAGUUCCUGGAGGGAUUCCAGACUUGCCUCAAGACACCUAUGUCAAGUUUCCUGGCUGGACAAAGGGGCAAGUUUGGAUCAAUGGCUUUAAUCUUGGUCGCUACUGGCCAGCCCGUGGUCCUCAGUUGACCCUUUUUGUUCCAAGGAAUAUACUUGUUUCAUCGGUGCCAAACAACAUAACAGUGUUGGAGCUGGAGCAUUCUCCUUGCAGUGCCCAGGCAUGCGAGAUUGAAUUUGUAGACAAACCUAUUAUCAAUGCAACCACACAGUAUGAAAAUGACGUCCCCCAACUCUUUGUUAGAGACGUACAGCUGGACCAUCUAUAAUUUGAGUAUUUCUUUAUCUUCCCCCACUUUGCUUCCCUUUCCCUCAAACCUACUUCCCUUUUUUAAAGACUUUGUGUUAAUCAGCAAGUUGUUUAGCUGAGGCAACUCUUCAAAUUCUUCAAAGAUCUUUUUUUUUUUUUUUUAAAUCUGCCAGAGUUAAAUACUGAAAUUCUAUUAAAAAAUAAAAGCCGUAGCUUUAGAGUUUGCCUUGUACUGUGGAAUUGAACUCAACUGGAAGAUAACGGUCUCAUCAGUCUAGUAAAAUGUAGUCUUUGUAGGCUGCUUACAUUACAGGAACCCUCUUAUAACUUUUCUUUUUUACCAUGUUUUGCAACUACAAAAGGGGUGCACAGUCCCACUAGUUUGCUGUUUACUCAUGUGGACUGGUAGAUCAGAACUGCCAGUAGACUUUCAGCUGAUUUUUAUCAUCUGGUUAGUAUUAAUAGUCUGAAGGGGCUCACUGGCAAUAUUGAGCAGACCUCAUUUUUCUCACCUCUGUGCAAGUGACCUUACAAAAGUGACCAAAAAAAUUGGCGUUUCAGUUGGUUUCUCAUGGGAACAGUGAGAACAACUGUGGUAGACAGCACUCAAAUGCAAGCUGGUCAUGAUUACUACAGCAGUAGUAACAUGGAGGGACCCUGUCGUCUGCAUCUGUCCUCUCUUGGAAAGCCAGUUUACCAUUUCCCUUCUGCUAUCUCUGAAGACUAAAUAAAUUGUUAAGUACAAGGACAUACAUAAAAUUUAGGCUGUUUUGGUUGGACUGUAGCCUCUGAUUAACCUGCCUGCAGAAUGUAGUCUUAAAAUGAGCCAUUUUUCCUUUUAAUGGAUCCUUUUUCUUUUUUUUUUUUUCCCUCUAAUUGGCCUGGACUACCUGUUUUUCGUAGGGCAGCACCUUGGAAGUAAAAGAAUUGUAAUUCUCUUUUAGUCAUUAAUGCAUAUCUUCAGUUUUGUUCCAGUAAACUGAUGAUCUUUGUAAGUGCCUGAUAUUUGCAAAGAUGAGCAAUCUCUGUUGGUAAAGCUGACUUUCUACAACAGAUGGAAUCUUCUUUUUGAUUCUUACGGGUUUGGUGUCAAUCAUGCAAACUCCUCGGUGAGAUUUGAACAACAAAAGAUUAAGAAGAUGGAAUCAAGUAUUUCCAUAAAGUAUGGUUUCGUCCUUUGAUUUGUCUGACAUUAUUAAAAUGUUUCUUUAAAGAUGAAAUCCUACCUGUGUUUGUUUGGGAAGGAAAAAGGGGAUGAGGAACAGUUAUGAGCAGUUACAGUAUUAAGGGAGAAGCAAGGUUGUAAAGUCUCUAUGGACAAGGAAGGAGUUCUUGUUGAUGUCUCGUUUGUUUUCUGUGUUAUGAAGAUGUGUGCAAAGUAAAGCAAAAUGAAGUGGUUGCCAUGGGCUGUGUGGACCCCAGUGGUGCCACCCUUUUCUGAGAUGGCCAGUGCAAAAACUUGUUUCUUCUCAGCUGAUGAGGACUAUUACUGUCACCUGAGGACAGAGUGAAAAGGAGCACCAUUUCCAUCUACAUCUCUGCUAUGUGUUUGACAUAUGUUUGAUGGGCUUUCAAACCAGACACGAGGUUCACCUGAGCCAGAGAUUUUCUACUCUUAAGUCUCACCUCAGAUGCAAAGUCUAAUGGCUGGAGGCUGUAUGUUCAGUACUUGACACACUUCAUUCUUGGGCUAAAGUGGUCUGCCUGGGCCCUAAUUUGUUCUUUUCUUGGCACCAUCCCUAUGCAGCCCCUGGAACAUGCUUUGCAAGCAGUUUAUUAUGAAGUAUUAAUUACCUCAGAGCCAGGUCUUGAAAGUAAGGAAUGGAACAGAAUUAGUUUCAUACCGGUUGUGGGUUUUGUGGCUUGAAGUGUGCAGAAUGACAGUACUAUUUAGUUAUUCCUACAACACUUCAGAGCUUUAACAGUCAGGAGUAUUUUUAUUUUUCUGGCAGUCAGUGCUGUGAGAAGAGUGGAACUCCUGGCUCUCAUUCAUUUCAUUUUACAUUGUACUCAUGAAAACUAAGUGUAAUCCAUGGGACUUCACUUUUUGCCAUAAUUCUCUGUAAUAUUACAAACAGAAAGGCUUUUCAUCAAGGAUUGCAAACAUGUAUCUGGUUAGGUAUAAGACUAACAAGAACAGCAUGGAAAAAAUGGGCUUACGUUUUUCAAGUCAGACUCUAGAGAGCUUCAUUAACACACCUGCCUAUUUACUGCUUUCAGUGAAGUGAUCUCUUGUCUGCAGAAAGGAACUGAAAGUUGGGGCCCCAAUUCCUAAUCCUGAUCUACCUACAGGAAAACGCUGCUAGAGGUUGCCAAGUGGUACAGUGUUUAUUUGAGUAUGCAGAAGGGAGAUCUCUGACAAGGGGCCUUCAGAGUACAGCACUACCAAGACGAACCUGUUGUUUCUUGCUGCUACUUUACCCAAGGAUGUGUCUGUAGGUGCUGCAGGAGGGUGUUCUGCACCACCCACGUCUCCUACUGGGUCGCUGUGCCUACACCACUGCUGGUACCACAAGGCUGGGGCUUGUCCUUUCCUAGCCUUGGCAAGCAGUCAUCCUAGGACUGAGUAUGUGAUAUAAAAUGGAACAACUUGGCAUUUGCUCUUUUGCAGUCUCGAACAGGU